AUGGGAGUGGAGGAAGGAAUCUAUCAAACCUACAUCCCGUCCCCUCACCGGUUUCACCGCCGAGCAUGUUUACAGCUGUGGCACAGUCGGCUCCCCGUUUAUGUCGGCGGAAUUUCAAAGCUCUUGAAGUUCAUCGUCAUGGACAAACCGGCCAUCUAUAACGCAAUACUCGGCACCCCCUGGCUCCACGAAAUGAAGCCGUCGUCUCGACUUUCCACCAGUCCGGGAAUUUUCACCUUGCGUGGAGAUCAAAGAGUGACGCGAUCAUGCUUCCUUCGCGAGCGCAAGCUCCGCACCGCAUCAUCCUUUAUGAUAGCCGAACCCUCAAACCAACAACCUCGCGAAGAAUCGAGCCGUAUUGUAUGA